AUGGAGACCUUGAACACACAAAGGCUUGAUGCUCUGGAACGUGCGUCGAGCCGUCUGGACACGGACCCUCGUGCUCGUGAGACGGAUGCUGAUGCCGCAGCUGGACGAAGUCGCGCCUGUAGCUUCGACGCCGACACGAGGUCUUCCGCGAGCAGCCGGCCUGACUUGCACCUGCCAGUGCAGGGGAGUGGCAAGAGCAGCAUCGGCUGUGCACAGCUGGCUCAGCUCGAAAGAGCUUUAGCGGACACCACGCUGCUGCAAAGUCGUGCGACCGCAGCGCUGGAGAGAAUUGCCAGGCAGCAAUCGGCUCUGAAGCGCAUCCCUGUGGCGUGUCCGUCAUGCGGCUGCCUGAACGUCCCUCAAGGCUCUGCCUGGCACACCGGUGACCUCGUCUCUUGCCAGGAGUGCAGUCAGCCGUUCCUGCCAUUGAGCAGCUUCCAGGUCAGGGAAGAUCUUGCUGUCUUAAAAUCGGCAGUCCAGCGCCUCCGGGAUCAACAGGAGCGCAUUCAGUACUUGGAGUGCCUCGCCGCAAAGGGCAGGCAAGAGUCAACGAGCCCUCUGGCAAAGAGCGCAAAGACGCCAGCUUCAGAGCCGGCAGAGGACGCGGCGGUGCGAAAGCUGCCGGCACGUGGACCCAUGGCAUCUCCGCUCUUUCCCCCGCAGAUCAUGAGCCCAAGACAGGUCGGACAAGGGCCCCCAACAGACUCCACGGAGUCCCCAGACGCAUCCCCUGAGCAUCCCUUCCUGUCACCUUGCUCGCCCUGCCAGAGGCUCCAGCGAGUCGGGCUCCACGAGUUGGAGCCGAUUUUGCAGGAAAGCCCCUCUGCAGGAGGUGCCACGUCCAGCUCCCCACGGCUGAUGGAGAAGGUGCAAGACAGGUCGAACACUGCAGGAGAGGCUGCGUCCCCACUGAGGGCCGGCCAGGCUGGUGACAAGCCGCUGAUUCUGAUGCCCCUGCUGGACACACAAGAUCUACUAACCAACAGUUCAUCGUCCUCAGCUCCGUUGUGCUUCCACGGAAGCAAACUGUCGAAGUGGCAGAUGGACACCGAACAAAAGACCAGGGAGGCACUCCAACAGAUGCGGCACAAGUCCUUUGGUCCCAAGGGCCGAGCCAGAAAGGAACGUGAGGAGGGCGAGAUCGCUUCGGCGUCGGAGUCGGAAGGGUCCAGGCUGACCAGUUGGGACGCCAGGCCUGGAUCCUUGGUGGCCGGGCAUCAAGCUCUUCAGAAGGGUGUGCCAGCCGGCACACCAGCAAAAAAGGAGGACAAGAAGAACACAGGUGCUGUGAUGCGGGAGCACCAUCCAAGGCCGACCGCUUCGGUUGUCGAGGCUGUCGGUGCUUUUCCAAAGUGGUUUUUGCUGAUGCUGCUGGCCUGCUUUCUUGCGGUUGCUUUCAUUCGGCAUCUGCUGCACAGAUUGGCGCAGAGGCUUCAAGGAGAAGCUGUUGCAUCCGCCGUCCUGACGGCGAUCGUAACUGGGACGGCAAUGCACCUCUGGCGACAUGCUGAGGAGAUGGUGCAGAAGCAGAACAUGCUGGAGACUUCCCGCGGAGAAUGGAAACAUGGCAUUGUCUGCCUAGAACGGACCUUUAUGGGCAGCACUUUGCAGUUGAACCUGGAAGAGGCUUUGGGCCUUUCUGCUGCUUUGGCACAGCUUGCUCCAGUUUUCCUCUUCGAGAAUUGGGGCAUUUAUGGACCUCCAGCAUGCAGAUGGGCUGCUGUUGUGGCCCAUGUGGCAACGGCCAUCAUCGUCAUGGUUGGUGUUCGCAACAAGCUGCUGAACAGCUUCUGUACUGCCACGCCUGCUUCUAAGGACCCUGCUCCAGAGGUGCUGGAAGUUUGCGUCGGAUUGGCUGUUGGCAACUGGGCCGCAUCCUCCUGGGCAGCAUCAACCUGGUGGCAUUUAGCCAGCUCAAGCUCGGCGAUUGGUCUGCAGGUUAGACUUCCUGUCCUGGCUCUUGCUUGUGCACAGCUCACGAACUUUUGGUUGGCGCGCCGUUCACGGCAACCUCACCUUCUUGCUGUUUGUGUUGCGCUCGGAGGGCUUUCGAUGGCGAAAUGUUGUUGCGGGGCACCUGGCAUGGUGCUGGAGACGAUGAGUUUGUCAUCUUCCUCCUCUUUGCUGAUGACUUCUGGAAUCUAUGUCCUGUUUUGUGCUGUGAGUGCUUUGCUUCUGUUCCAGGAGUUGUUCAACUCAUUGUGA